AAGCCAUGGGUCCGGGCUGAAGUUGGGAGCAGUUGGCGGCAGAAGCUCUUCACCCGGGCCCCUCGCCCAGGCCCGCCCACCCCGGAGUCGCCAUGUGGCCCCUGGCCGCUAUGACCGCCUUCCUGACCGUGACCCUGUCAGGCGGCAUCUCUCAAGAGUUUCCCAAGAUUCUCAACAACACCAAUGGGACCAGUGGGUUUCUCCCUGGUGGCUACACCUGCCUCCCCCAUUCUCAGCCCUGGCAGGCAGCCCUACUAGUGCGAGGGCGGCUGCUCUGUGGAGGAGUCCUGGUCCACCCCAAAUGGGUCCUGACUGCCGCACACUGUCUCAAGGACAAGUACAGAGUUUAUCUGGGCAAGCAUGCUCUGGGGCAUGUGGAGGCUGGAGAGCAAGUGAGGGAGGUAGUCCAUUCUAUCCCCCACCCUCGAUACCAGAUCAGCCCCACCCACCUGAACCAUGACCACGACAUCAUGCUUCUGGAGCUGCAGUCACCAGUCAAUCUCACGAGUCACAUCCGCGUCCUGCCCCUCUCCCACAAUGACGGCCUCCCCCCCGGCACCUGCUGUCGGGUGUCUGGCUGGGGCACCACCACCAGCCCCCAGGUGAGUUUCCCUCAAACCCUGCAAUGUGCCAACAUCCAGCUACGCUCAGAUGAGGAGUGUCGUCAAGUUUACCCAGGGAAGAUCACACCCAACAUGCUGUGUGCCGGCGCAAAAGAGGGUGGCAAAGACUCCUGUGAGGGCGACUCCGGGGGCCCCCUGGUCUGUAACGGAACCCUCUAUGGUAUCAUCUCCUGGGGAGACUUCCCAUGCGGGCAGCCCAACCGGCCUGGAGUCUACACCCGAGUCUCUCAAUAUGUUUCAUGGAUCCAAGAAACAAUCCGACAACAGGCAACGCAGAAGCAGAAAUGGACGAAGGGCCUGCAGUAAGAGUCAGUUGACUUACCCGCCUCCUUCCUCCCACCAUGCCCUCCCUAUUUGGUUUGCCCAGUCCUUCUCUGCCUCUCUCAGAGUGCUCCAGUUGAACCAGUGAUCCGUGACCUCAAAAUGUCCAGUCUCAGCUGACACUCGAUGUUUCAAAAGCACUCAGUCACUGCCAACAUCAUGGGCUCCCAGACGUUGCAUCCCAGAAACAUCCCAGUCUCCUGAGUGUCCCAACCCAGACAACGUUCCAGAUCUCCCAACUGUUUCAACGUAAACCCAGAUCGCCAUCUGGAUGGUCUAUCUGCGAAACACUCAAAUACCUCCAUCAGCUCGUCUCAACAAUAUCCUAUGUCCUGUGAACGGACCUUCCUUGACAACAUCCCAUACCGCUUCAAAUAUUUAUUCAUUGCCAAUAUUCUAGAUCCUUCUACGUUUUGUACUCAAGAAGGUUCUGGACACCCGUGACAUUUCAUCCUGAAAAUGUUCUCUAAUGCUCCAAAUCUUCUGCCCCAACAACAUUCUGUGCACCUCUGAGUGAUUCAUCACAGCUCACAUUGGAUCCUCAUAAUGGUUCAUUCUCACACAGUUCUGGGUCUCCCAAGUGUCCCAUCCCUACCUACGUCCCAUGUUCUGUCAAUAUCCAGCCUCUGCCAAUAUUCGGUCUCUGAAUCCCCAUGUCCGUUAAAGACCACCAGCACUCUAGACUCUAGAGUGAUGGGGUUCAGUACCCCAAGGUGUCUCCCUUUCUGGACCCUAUUGUCAACCAAAUAUUCUGUCCUUUUAUCUCCUCCAUGAACAUCCCUUUUCAAUGCUCCGUGCCGUUUCAUCUUUGCCCACGAUCCCAAACUACAGUGGUUAAAUGCUCAAGCCACUGGAGUCCCUGCUUUGAAUAAGUCGUAAAACUCAUCACCUCUGCUUUCUCAUCUGCAAGAUGGGGCUCAUUUCUUCAUAGCAUUGUUACAAAGAUGAACGUCGAGCGCUUACCGCUAUUAUUAUUUGCAUGGUUUCCUGUAAAAUAUUACCUUAGGAUAUCAAUAACAACCCCUCAGAUUUGCAGAGUGUCCAAACAGUGUUGCAUUCAUUUAUUUUUCUCGGUGGACAUUUAUUUGGUGCUGACCAUGUGCAGGCACUCUCCUAGGUGUUGGUAAAUACAAUUUUGUUUACUUAUUCAACAAAUGUUGGUACCUAUCUUGAGCCAGUCACCACUGCAGACACAGGGGGUAAACAGUGAAUUAAACAAAAACUUCCGCCCUUGCAGAGCUUACAUUCUUUUCGGGGAGACUAGCGAUAAAAAAGAUGAAUAAGGAAAUAGACUGUCGGGCUGCCCGGUGGCAUAGUGGUUAAGUGCGCUCGCUCCGCUUUGGCGGCCCCGGGUUCACAGGUUCAGAUCCUGGGCGCGCACCGACGCACCGCUUGUCAAACUAUGCUGUGGUGGCGUUCCAUAUAAAGUAGAGGAAGAUGGGCACAGAUGUUAGCCCGGGGCCAGUCUUCCUCACAAAAAGGGAAGGAUUGGCAACAGAUGUUAGCUCAGGGCUAAUCUUCCUCACACACACACACACAAAAGAAAUAGACUGUCAGGUGGCAAUAUGUGCCAGGGCAAAAAAAAUGAAGCAGGGUUGAAGGAGAGGGAAUAUUGGU